GACGUCAAGGCUGGUAUUUAAACAGGUGGUAUUCCCUGGCACACUUGUUGUUGCCUGCUGCUUCUACCUGAUCACUUGACUGCGGUCGGGCUCUCGGGCCACGUACCCUUCACGUUAAUUUUUUUUCAUGAAUCUUUAGUUCCCAUCUGCCACGGUGAAAGGGAUUCACCCAGUGCUGUUCUGCAAUCAGUGUAAAGUGAUUGCAAAUUGUGUUGAUGUCUUUUGAUUUAUGUGCAAGAAACCCGGUCGCUCGCUGCUCCUAGUCAGACCGGAGGCCUCGAGUUGAGCAUUGACCUAGAUUUUGGAAGAGCAAGGCAACUACCAGGCUCAAUUUUCUUGAACCUUCAUCCUAGGUCAUUGCACUUGUCAAUAUGGAUCAUUUCUUGGCUCAGCAGUACAUCGAAGACUUCGACAUAGCGCAGCUUGGGUUUGAUUUCCCACCGCUGGUAAAACAAGAGAACGAUGCAAAAAGUGAUCCCACGUGCAGUAUGGCAGCUGCUACAGAUGUGCCAGUCAGCCCAGCCGGGACUUGUGCUAGCUCUUCGAAUCCCAGCACUCCUGCUUCAGAAAGUAGCACGCCUUCGUCUCCAAACGUGGUGGUCAAGGAAGAGCUACCCAGUCCUGAUUGUGACAGCGCACAGAGGACACUACUUGAAGAUAUGAGCUGGCUGAAAUGGGGAACUCGAUCGCUUUGCCCAGAUACCGGCGUUAUUUCAGCAGAACGAGUGUUGGAAGAGUUGAUGAAAACGGUAAAAGACGAAGCUUUCAGUCCUCUGUCCGACAGCAGUAGUAAUGUUUCAGUUCCACGGCGAUCAGCCGACGAUCUCGAUGAAACGGACAUUGAUAUCGAGAUGGAAGACUCGCUGGACAAGUCGUGCGAGCAGCCGGCAGACAGCGAUGGCGGAUCAACCCCCGUACGAGGUAAAAGAGCUAAAGCUGGUCGUAGUGGUUGCUCCUCUCGUUCAGCGUCAUCUCUGAACGAUAUCGACGAUGUGGACCUCGUCACUUUGCCUGUGCGUGAACUGAACCGGCGUCUGCAAGGUUUCCCUAAAGAAGAAGUUUUGCGUCUAAAACAAAAACGACGCACACUGAAAAAUCGAGGCUAUGCGCAAAACUGCCGUUCCAAACGUAUGCUUAUGAAACAUGAAUUAGAAAGUACGAACAAGACUCUGCAACAACAGAUUUCCAUGCUAAAGAGACAGCUAAGCGCCAUGACCCGAGAACGAGAUUUCUACAAGCAGCGAUGCGAGAUGCUGCGCUCUGGUGUGGCCCAGGCUGUAAAGUCAGGAGGUUCUUUCGCUUGCAGCUUGCCGGCUGGUUUAGAUAUUGUUGACAAGGUCUAAACCAGCCUGCAGAAUUGUACUUUCAGCGACUGCCGCCACCAAAUAGAGUCAGGGAAUAGAGAUUUAUAAUUUUGAAUCUUUCCACCAGUUUUUGUUCACCAAGCCCAGUGGUCAGAAGGAAAUUUGUGAUCAUGGAUAGUUGCGCCAUUAACGCACUAGCAUCCAUCACUUGGAGACGCAGUGUUGUCUCCAUCUUAAGCCCCUUUCCCCGCUCCCCCACCACUGCAACAACAUGGGUCAGUAUUUGCAAGUAUGUAAUACAUGCUAUAACUUUGUUUGCAGUACAUUUUCAUUUAAAAAAAAUACAUGUACACACGUUUUACAUGUCUUGAGUGGACACCCUUUUGCAUGCAAGUUUUGGCAGAGUAUCAUUUUUUUGGUUUAAACUCUAUUUGAAAUAGUUUUUGUCUCAUCUUGCAUUUCAUCUGCAUGUUAUCUUUGUGAUAUCUGAAGUUUCAUUGUGUUCAUUUCUGUGUUAGAAGGCUGGGUUUUUUUGGGUUUUUUUUUUUUUUGUUAUUGUAUGGCAUGGAAUGAUUUCCAUUUGAUCAUUGUUCACUUAGUGUUUCUGAUAUAUUUUUAUUGAAAAUAUAUAGCUAGAAUCCAAGUGAUAAACAAACCAGUAUGUGAUUUUAUAGACCAACAUAAGUGAUAUACUUUCAUUGUCAGCAUCAGGCUUGGCUUUCAUUUCAAUCUUUUCUGUAAUGUGCCCCCUCUCACUCAGAUGUUUCUUAGUUUUAUCUACUUAAAACAUUUACAGUUUUAAGACAAUUCAAUUUUGUGCCUAGUAAAAAGUAUGUGUACAUGCACACUGUAUUCUUGUACAUAUUUCUUGUGCACAAUAUGCAAAAGAAGAAAAAAAACCCCCUGCGAUUAUAUCCCUUCAGAGAAAUUGAUCCAGCUUGUUAAGGCUACUGUUGACAAGGGAGUCUAUUUUUGUACAAACUUUGUAAAGCAUACUUACAUCACAGGAUUACAUUUACCAAUUUAUUGUAGCUUGCAGGAGUGCGCUACAUUCACUACAAACACAGUAUGUCACAUAUCGCUUUAACAUCUAUUGCUUUGAAAUAAUGAUCUGGGGAAAGUGGUAGGCAUUGUUUUCUACUUUUUGUAAUUUUGUGAAGUGUGUUUCCAGCCCUAUUCAUAAUCUGUGCAUCUCUCUAACUGCAGAUUUAUAAAAGGCUUGUGAUAUCUAUUUCCCCAGAGUUUAAGAAUUACAACAGCACCAUUUUAGUCUUCAAUACAUGCUUCAAAUGGCCACCCCGUGCCCCCCCCACACACUUUUUCCCCCCUUAUGAUGGCUGCAUAAAAUGCUGAAGUAAAAAUGGAAUCAAUAUGAUCCAAAGAUCUGUUUAGCUGAUUGUACUGUUUAUGUUAUUUACUGAGGAAAAUUGUCUGUUGGUUGCUUUGUACUAUUCUGUGUGUCGUGGCCAUGGUUUAUAACCUUAAUUUUCUGUGAUAUAUCUUCAUUACAAUAAGAAAUUAUACCAAUCAAAAGAUACGAGUUCACGAAUGUUGUAACUCUUUAACCACAGCUAAUGAUUUCAGUCUUGCAUGUUUUAAGAAGAAUCAGACAGAAUUUAUAGUCAGCCUGCCAAAUAUAACUUAUGGCACACUAUUCACUGACAGUGCAGAAUGGAAUCUUCAGUUAUAUAUACACAUUGAUUAUAUAUCAAGUGGUUUUUGAUAUGGAGUUCCUGUGUGUGAUAAUUCAUGGUAUUAUUGCUAUAAAAGAACUGCUAAAGCAGUGAUUUUCUUUGACUGUUGGACACAACUGCAGUACAAAUUGUUGUUAACUGAUUGCAGGUGAUAUACUUUUUAAAUACUCACAAAAGCUACAUUUGUUUGUGGCUAAGCCUGUGAGCAACCACCCACGCUUUUUAGAAGCAUGUAAACAAGUCUGAAGGAAUGUGGAAUUGUCUUUGGGCUUACGCAGACUGAAUGGCGUAUGAAUUAUGAUUGCAAGUACUAUUUCUACCAAACCUGAAGACUUAGUAUUUGAAAAAUGUUUAAGACUUAUUAAAUAUUAUGUUGUUAUCAGAAAAGACAUAAUCUACCAACUUUUUCUAUUUUUUUUUUCCAAAUGUCUUGUUAUUUAUAGAUACUUCCUGCCCAAGGCCAUUAUUUUGCAAGCUGUGUAUAUUUCAUAAGAAGAAAAUCUCUGGGGGAAAUUCAUCCUAGUAGUUAAACAAUACUUGCAGCAGUUCCACCCCUUUCUUUUUAUCUCCUAUAGAAGACUCCAAAAUGCUUAAUGCCAAUAAAGUCUGAAAAUAGUAUCAGCGUAAGAAUGGCAGUUUGGCUUGAUCCUUCACCAUCUCUGAUAGCGAUCUAGAUAUGUUAGUAAUCAGUUUGUGUAAUCAGUAUAAGAAAACAGGUCUGUUGCAGACGAAGUGGCAUGUGCCUACAUAAAAUCUAACAAAAGUGCAAAAUUUUAGAAUCGACCCUGAUCUUGUGGAAUGAAAAAGAGAUCUGAGAAUGUAAUGGGUUAUUUGCGUGCCAUUGGAAGGGAGUUAGAACUCCAUCCAAUCCCUCCUCCAACACCCCUCCACCCUCCACCCCCAAAAUGACAAGCAAGCUUGCAAUUUAUGAAAACAAGCAGAAAUGGCCAAGUCUUAUUCUCAGUAUGAACUUGCAAAUAGCUGGCGGGAAUUGAACUGGGAUAAAAUCAUGCCUAUACAGCAUUGUUUUGUGACUCUUCGUUUUAGCCUGAAGUUUUUAUUUUAUAUUUUUGAUGAUUUAAUUUAUGUUUUGUUGAUUUAAUCUUAUGCUAGCUUUUGUAAAACUAGGAUAAACAGACAGACAAACACACACACACACACACAUAUGCAGGAGUGAAGGCCCAUCUUUAACCUUGCCUUUGCAUAUUAUUUUAAUAGUAACAUUUCAGGUAAAAAGGCUGUUUCUGUGUUUUUCAUUGUCAUGAAAUUUACAGGCAUUUUUUCCUUAAUGGAGAUUUACCUUUCCAACAGAACCCAUACAAAUCUGUGAUACAGUUUUCAUACUAAGUCUUGUUUGUAAACCAUAUUCUGGUGGCUUGGACAACUCUAGGUGAAAACAAGAUGAAUGCCACCUGAUGUGAUUCUGUCGCUAAUUCUUUUUUAAAUGGUUGUUUGUUAUUUGCACCCUUCUUUCACCUGCAUAGGUAUCUUGGAAGGAUCUCGGAUUUAACGCCAUUUUAUCAGGUAAUUAACCUGAAGCUGUGUUCUUUUUAAACCUUGUAAUUCACAUAUGUUUAGCAUUCAUGUUCUUGAAUUCUUGAGAUACAAAAAUUAAAAAGAAUUGUUAUGUAAAUGGCUGCAACAACCAUGAUGUACAUUUUAAAUUUGUUAUUUUUUUUUAACUCCUGACAUACAGUCGGGGACCAAAAUAAAGGAAAAUAAAUUCAGCAAUCUGAAAGAAAAGCAUAAAGUGAAGCAUUUAUGCUUUUGUAAGCACAAAGUUGGCCAUUGAGGUCAGACCUAAUGUUUACUAAGUUUGACUGAUAGCAGCAGUCCUUCCACUGAGCAGACAGCUUCAGUGCGAAGCUUUAGCUGCCUUCUUGCACUAGAGAGUGCUCUUGAAGGCUCACAUUGCAGGAUCCUUAUGCUGUAAUUGUUAAUGCUGUUUUCUCUCCACCUUUCUCCAUUUCCAUUGAAAGGACUUGGCAGCUGCACUAAAUGCUUGUACCAUAUUCUUUUUGAGAACACGUGGUGUAUACUUGGCUGCAGACAUAAGAGUAUGUUUUUCUCCAUGACUGGUCAAUUCAGGGUUGCAAUGCACCAGUUUUAACAUCACUUUUUUAAACAAUUUUUGUUUUUAUUUUUCUGUGACUUCUUAAAGAUUUUGCUGUGUUGCGUGUUCAUUGAGGAGAAUAUGGUACAUUUGCAUAGUGCAAUCUUUACCUGAACUAAUGUGGAUUUUGAAAGUCUGGAAUUUUUGCUAUUACUAUGUGCUGAAUGAAAGAUGUGUGAAGAAAGGAGAACAACUUAGCUUUUGCCAGCUCCACACCUUGUGCCUGUGGUUCGAUCGUGUAUCUGUGUUAAAUGUGUGGCACCUGGGCGCAGCAGCUGGUGGCAGCCUAUUAAUGUGAUUUCUAUACUAAACAUAUUACCUUGUACAGUGUAAAUAAUGAUCAUCAGACUUUGAGCAUGUCUCAUUGUGUAUCACAUUGUAUGAAGUUCUGUUAUGUGAGAAAAAAAUGUUUAUAAAAUGAAAAAAAUUUAAAAUACUGUUUCCAAAAAAAGUUUUAAAAAAGUGCUUUAUUGUAUUUGAAUGAGAGUUUGUGUAUUUCAUUGCCAUGUUUUGUCAGUUUCGUUAUACAUGUACUAGACUGCUUCAAUCUAGACAUGGAUGUUGGCAGUUCAUGUAUUAAAACUGAGCAAGUUGAACUUGA